AUGUCGGAAACCAUGCAGAAUGGAGAUAGCGGAGGCCUGGUCUCACAACGGGACCGGGAACUCAGUUUUACCCCAAGCGAUUCAAGAAUAUUCAACACUGAACGUCUCAGUAAAGAGAUCAAGUACAACCUGACCCCAGUCAGACAACGGAUAAGAAGCCGCUCAGUUUCCCAGUCUUCCACAGACAGUUACAGUUCAG